AAUUCGCCUCAAAAAUAAAAAUAUGAAAAUAAAAAACUGACAGCUGAAAUUCUAAAAUUUGUUUACUUUAAAUACUACAAAACAUUUGCUGUUAUAGGCAUGAAGGAACCGCAAAACAGCGAAAAUGAUGAAAAUAACUAUGAUCCUUACCAGCAUCGUGUGGUUGAGAAUCCAAUGAGUAAUCUCGAAGUCUACAUCAGCUUACUGAAGGCCUCCAUCGGCAUUGGCUGCCUGGCCAUGCCCAAAGCCUUUCAGGCAGCUGGUUGGCUGAACGGUCUCCUCAGCACCGCCUUGAUCGGCUCUAUCGUCAUAUUCGCGCUGCAUGUGUUGUUGCAUGGCAUGUACGAGCUGAGCAAGCGCAAGCGUGUGCCGCAGCUGAACUAUCCAGACUCGAUGGCGGUCGCCUUGGAAUCGGGCCCGAAAUACUUGCGGUUCUUAAGCGAAACUGCGCGCUCCACCAUCGACUUCAUAUUGGCCUUCUAUCAUUUUGGCGUCUGCUGCGCUUACGUCGUCUUCAUUGCCGACAAUAUGAAGGAGUUGUUCGAUUUUUAUGGUUACGAUAUCGACUCACGCUUUUAUAUCUUCGCGUUGACUUUGCCGUUAUCAGCGAUUUAUUUGGUGCGCGAUCUGCGGAAUCUGGUGCCGUUCAAUGCAGUUGCGGACGCCAUGAUUUGCUUUAGUUUCGUCAUUGUAUUCUACUACAUUUUCACGGGUCUGCCUUCGUUGGCUCGGCGAAGUGCCUUUGGCGAUUUGAAAUCUUAUCCUUUAUUCUUCGGCACGGUGCUUUUCGCCAUCGAAUCUGUCGGUGUGAUCAUCUCCGUUGAAGCCAAAAUGAAAUCCCCGCGGGACUAUCUAGGUUUAUAUGGCAUUCUAAAUAUGGGCUUGGGCACUUCCCUAAUACUAUAUGUAUUGAUAGCAUUUUUCGGCUACUGGCGCUAUGGUGACAGGGUUAAGGACAGUAUUACUUCCAAUCUGCCGAUGGAUGAGUUCUUACCCCGCUUGGCAAAAUUAAUGUUCGCGGUGGCCAUAUUUUUAUCGUUUGCUCUACAAGGUUACAUAACCAUCGAGGUGUGUUGGCGGCGUUACUCGGAAUAUAUGAAUUUAAAGGCGUCGCAUCCCUUGGAGUAUGUCUUACGCAUAGCUAUUGUGCUCGGCGCAGUGCUCGCCGCGGUUAUGAGUUCAGAACUGGUUCUCAUACUCUCGCUCGUUGGCUCCUUCUCACUCUCUUAUCUCGGCUUGAUCUUUCCCGGUUUGAUGGACUUCUGCUUGCGCUACAGCCAGGGAUUUGGACCAUAUAAGAUCUACUUGUGGCAAGAUUUAGCUUUGGUUGUUUUUGGUUUUGUUGGUGGCGCUAUUGGCACUUGGUUCUCGAUCAGAGACCUCUUUGUAAAUUACCAAUUACAACAAUAACGCUGGAUUGCACUGUUUGCGUGGCCACUAAGUGAAAAAUAAUCACAGUCGAUAAUAAUAAAUGUUGCAAGUAA